UUGUUGACAGUCAAUUCUCUAUAUUAGUCGUUGUAAAUCGAAAAUUUAAAUUAUAUUUUGUCAUGCAAUUGGCAAUUCUGUUAAAACUUCUACCAUAUUCGAAGCCAACUUCAGUCCGAUGCAAUUUUGACAUUUGUGAUCACGUUUGUUGAAGUUUAAUAAGAUAGAAAUAUAAAAUAGCAAAAAUGUAUCCAGGAAGGGCCCCCGUUCUUGUUUUGAGUCAGAAUACCAAACGUGAUUCCGGCCGGAAAGUUCAGCUGGAAAACAUCAAUGCCGGAAAGCAAAUCGCCGAUGUCAUCAGAACAUGCCUUGGCCCACAGGCUAUGUUGAAAAUGCUUAUGGACCCAAUGGGAGGUAUUGUCAUGACCAAUGAUGGUAAUGCUAUUCUCCGUGAAAUCACAGUUCAGCACCCAGCUGCCAAGAGCAUGAUUGAAAUUGCGCGCACUCAGGAUGAGGAAGUUGGUGAUGGUACAACAUCAGUCAUUGUUUUGGCUGGCGAAAUUUUGGCAUCAGCAGAGCAGUUUUUGGAACAGCAGAUGCAUCCAACUGUAAUCAUCAGACAAUACAGACAAGCACUUGAAGAUAUCAUAUCAUUGCUUGAAGGACCAUUGAGUAUCCCAGUUGAUAAAAACGACAAGAGCGCCUUGGCUAAUGUCGUUAAGGGAUGCAUUGGAACCAAGUUCAUUGGGAAAUGGGCAGAUAUGGCGGUGAAUAUUGCUUUAGAUGCUGUAAACACUGUAAUGCUGACCGAAAACGGCCGCACAGAAGUUGAUAUCAAAAGGUACGCCAAAGUUGAGAAGAUCCCUGGAGGAUCGAUCGACGAAUCGAAGAUUUUAAGAGGUGUCAUGGUUAAUAAAGAUGUCACGCAUCCGAAGAUGAAGAGGAGAAUUGAAAACCCUAGAAUUAUUCUGUUGGAUUGCACACUGGAAUACAAAAAGGGUGAAUCUCAGACAAAUGUGGAGAUCUCAGGCGAGACCGACUUCACUAAAAUGCUGGAACUCGAAGAGGAACACGUCAGAAGACAAUGCAAUGACAUUAUUGCGUUGAAGCCGGACCUUAUUUUUACCGAAAAGGGUGUUAGUGAUUUAGCACAACAUUUCUUGUUAAAGGCUGGAAUCACCGCCAUUAGACGCGUUCGUAAAUCUGAUAAUAACCGCAUUGCCAGGGCCUGCGGAGCAACUGUUGUCAACCGUACCGAAGAAUUGCAAGAAUCUGACGUUGGUACUGGAUGUGGCUUGUUUGAAGUCAAGAAGUUGGGUGAUGAAUAUUUCACGUACAUCACUGAGUGCAAAGAUCCAAAAGCUUGUACCAUCUUACUUCGCGGUGCGAGCAAGGACAUUUUAAACGAGACCGAAAGGAAUCUUCAAGACGCAUUGCAGGUCGCCCGUAAUAUUAUGCUUCAACCUAGAUUGGUCCCAGGAGGUGGUGCCAUCGAAAUGGCGUUGUCUCAGAAAAUCAUGCAGAAGGCCACCCACGGCCCAUACAGAGCCAUCGCCCAGGCUUUAGAAAUCAUCCCACGUACUUUAGCGCAGAACUGCGGAGCUAACACUAUCCGCACCUUGACCGCAUUAAGAGCUAAGCAUGCCGCCCACAAAGAGGAAAACAAGCCAUGCGCUUGGGGUAUCGACGGAGAGUCCGGGGAGUUGGUUGAGCAAAAGGAUAGUAAUGGUAUUUGGGAACCAUUGGCUGUUAAGCUGCAGACUUUCAAGACUGCCAUCGAAACAGCUAUACUUUUGUUGCGUAUUGAUGGUAUUGUCUCUGGAUCCAAGAAGAAGGGUGACAAAGAGGGUGCCGGACCCGCUAACAUGGCUGCCCAAAUGCAGGAAUAAGUUUUUUUUAUAUAUGAAAUCAUCUUUUCACUCAUUACACUUUUGUUCGCAUUUAAUAAAAUCACUACUAUUUAAUUAAGCUUUCAAUAUACGAGAACAAUAAAAUGAAAACUAAUACAUUA